UCUCUGUCUCUGUGUAUAAUUUACAGUAGAUUUAUAUAUAUUUUACUGAAAAGAUUUUUUUUUCCGCUUACUGUAACACUCCGUUGGACUGGGUGGCAGCGGUAGCGUUAGUGGCGUUAGAUAUAUUUAUGUUAAUUCAUCGGAAACAAAGGGUCCGUAGAGAUAAAGAAGCAGAGAAAUAACGCAGUAGCGGACAAGUGGCUUUAAGUCUCUGCCGUCACGUGAGAGAGAGAAAGCUUAAAGAAUAGACUACCGUCUGUGUGAAAGAGGAGCAGAGAAGAAAGGUUGAGAAUGGAGAUGAAAGGGACUCCGGCUGCUCAUGGAUACCGCAUGCCAGCAGAGUGGGAACCCCAUUCACAGUGCUGGAUGGGUUGGCCUGAACGCCCAGAUAAUUGGCGAAACAAUGCUGUUCAUGCUCAAAAAGUAUUUGCUGAGGUAGCAACAGCAAUUUCAAAGUUUGAGCCUGUGACUGUCUGUGCAAAUGCUGCUCAGUGGGAAAAUGCACGAAGUCAGCUACCACAUAAUAUCAGGGUUACUGAGAUGAGCAUGAAUGAUUCAUGGUUUCGAGAUACUGGGCCAACUAUUGUAGUAACCUCAAAUGCUACAGUACCAAGGGUUGCUGGAAUUGACUGGAAUUUCAACAGUUGGGGAGGGGUUGAUGACGGUUGUUACAAAGAUUGGAGUCUUGACCUUCUUGUGGCACAGAAGAUUUUGGCAAUUGAGAGGCUUCCCAGGUUCCCUCAGUCUCUAAUUCUUGAAGGUGGGAGUAUCCAUGUCGAUGGCGAAGGUACAUGCCUAACUACAGAAGAAUGUCUUCUGAAUAAGAACAGGAACCCACAUUUGAGCAAAGUACAAAUAGAGGAUGAACUUAAGGCAUAUCUGGGUGUGAAGAAGAUUAUGUGGUUACCUCGUGGAUUAUACUGUGAUGAUGAUACCAAUGGCCAUAUUGACAAUAUGUGCUGUUUUGCAAAACCUGGUGUAGUUUUGUUGUCUUGGACUGACGAUGAAACAGAUCCUCAGUAUGAGCGAUCUGUGGAAGCCUUUUCUGUUCUGUCUAACACUACUGAUGCAAAAGGUCGAAAAUUAGAAAUAAUCAAGCUCCAUGUACCCGGGCCACUUUAUAUGACAGAUGAAGAAGCAGCUGGAGUUAUUCAGGAUGGUGAGGCUAAGCCAAGACUUCCAGGUACAAGACUUGCUGCAUCAUACGUAAAUUUCUACAUUGCCAAUGGAGGGAUCAUCACGCCACAGUUUGGGGACAAAAAAUGGGAUGAUGAAGCUGUUUGUGUUUUGUCACAGGUCUUCCCAAAUCAUGAAGUCGUAGCAGUUGAAGGUGCAAGGGAGAUUGUUCUGGGAGGGGGAAACAUCCAUUGCAUUACUCAGCAACAACCGGCCAUUCCUUCUGCUGCUCCAUAGCCCAACUCUAUUGAAAUCCUGAGUUGCUGCUGAUGAACUAUAAAUGAUGGUUUUAUGAAAAAGCUUAACCAUGUCUCAGACAGUUGGACAUGCACACUUGUUCUUCUUCCUCUUCAGUGAAUAAAGAGAUAAUAACUUUGAUUAAAGAAAA